ACAGCGAUUGAGUAUUUGGUUCCGCACUCUUCUCACACUACCCAGAACACACUCACUUCUCUCGCCACCGCAAAAAACCCCAAACCCCCACUUCCUCCGCUAGGGUUCCUCCCCAAACCAACAUGAACACCGACGACGACAUCUCCGCUCUCAUCGACGACGAAAUCUACGCCAAUGGCGGCGACGACGAAAAUCGCCCUAACCACCGUCAGAUCAUCAGCGCGGACCAAUUCGAUAUCGAGGCUUACGCUAGCCUCUACUCCGGUCGCACCAAGAUCUCCCGACUCCUCUUCAUUGCCAAACACUGCGGCGAAAAUUUGACGAUGCAGUUGGACGCGCUUCGUAUGGCCUUCGACGAAAUCAAGCAGGGAGAGGAUACGUCACUCAUGAGGGAAGUCGUUAACAAGAUUAGUGGCCGUUUGGGACCUGACUAUGCCGUAGACGACGCUUGGUAUCUGAACAUUAAUAAAAAAGCAGAGCUGAAGAAGGAGAAACUCGAAACUGAGCUUAAUUCCUUUAGGACGAACUUGAUUAAAGAGAGUAUAAGAAUGGGGUACAAUGAUUUUGGAGAUUUUUACUAUGCUCAUGGGCAAUUGACGGAAGCUCUUAAGAAUUACAUUCGGACCCGAGAUUAUUGCACUACAAUGAAGCAUUGUAUUCAGACGUGUAUGUGUGCGAUUCUGGUCAGCAUUGAGAUGGGUCAGUUUUCCCAUAUUAACAGCUAUAUUAGCAAGGCGGAACAGACUGUGGAACCCCUUGACACGGUAACAGUUGCAAAGCUGCGUUGUGCUGCGGGGUUAUCAAAUCUGUUUUCCAAAAAGUAUAAGCUUGCUGCUCGAAAGUUUAUAGAGACUAGCCCCGAACUAGGGAGUCACUAUAAUGAAGUGAUUUCAUCUCAAGAUGUUGCUAUGUAUGGAGGACUUUGCGCACUUGCUACAUUUGAUCGGACAGAGUUAAAGAACAAAGUUAUAGACAAUACCGUCUUCAGGAAUUUCUUAGAAUUAGUGCCUGAAGUAAGAGAACUUAUAAAUAAUUUUUAUGCAAGCCGUUAUGCAGUGUGUCUGGAGUACCUAGGGAACUUAAAAUCAAACUUGUUACUGGACAUACAUUUGCAUUCCCAUGUUGAGACACUUUAUGAUCUAAUCCGUCAGAAAGCACUUAUCCAGUAUACACUCCCAUUUGUGUCUGUUGAUUUGAACAUGAUGGCUGAUGCAUUCAAGACAACUGCUGCUGGACUUCAAAAAGAACUCGGGACAUUGAUUACUGAUAAUCAGAUACAGGCGCGAAUUGAUUCACACAACAAGGUUAUGUAUGCACGACAUGCAGAUCAAAGGAAGGCCACCUUUCAAAGGGUUCUAGAAACUGGAAGGGAAUUUGAUCGAGAUCUUCAGUCUAUGUUCCUGAGAUCCAGUAUCCUCAAGUACGAAGCGAGUAGGUCAAGAGGUGGUAGGAGGCUGUGAUCGUGAAUUUAUCUUAUUAGGCCCAAGGUUUUUAGUUUUUUCAUAGGCAUUGACAUAGAUGAAGGUUCUAUACUGAAUUUAAAAGAAUAUUGCUUUGCAUUCUUUGAUUGUCAAGGCGGCAAACGUACAUUUGUGCAGAACGUUAGACAAUAGUAUGGCGUACUUUUGUUUUCAUUCACUUGGUGUACGUACACCUUUUGAGAAUGGGUUCAUAUUCAAACAAACUGCAAAUUGAACUAAUAAAAUUAAAAAUAAAAAACUGCACCAA